AUGUCUUCUCGUUAACUUAAGCGCUAGCCAAGUCAAGUCUAGCAGACUUUAGUGCCAUGACCGGAAAUACGCUCUGUUGGCCUUCACCGUAAAAUACAACGACAGCGCUCUCGGAGACAUGACUUUUAUUCUGAAACUUCAAAAAGUGGACUGAACGUCCUCGUUUGACUUUUGUUACGCUUGACGCUGUCGAACUAUUUACACGUAUUUUGCUAGGUUGUAUGUGUCUUUUUUCUUCUUCUUCUCACAUUUUGUGUGUGUGUGUUGUUUGGCUUUCAAGGCAUCUGGUAACUUAGUACGAACACUUUGAAAGGCCUCCUUACCAGUCUCUCCGGGAAACAUGGCAGACGUGUGUACGGGUUUGUAGGAGUCUUUCCGAAAGAGUUGUCGUUGGGCCUGUUCGGGUUAUUUACGUCACUGCCGCUGGCAAACAUGUCGCUGGGGGACUAUGAAAGACAUUUCGACUCGCUAAACUCAGAUUUGGACGGCGGGUCAGUGGUCAGUGAGCGAUCAGCGUCGGGCACGUAUAAUGGCGAAGAGGAGAAGUUGCAUUACAUUCCUAUCCGGAUCCUCGGAAGGGGGGCGUUUGGUGAAGCGACCCUGUACAGAAGAACAGAGGACAACUCUCUGGUGGUGUGGAAGGAGGUGGAGCUGAAUUCCCUCUCCGAAAAGGAGCGCAGAGAUGUUAUGAAUGAAAUAAGCAUCCUCUCCAUCCUGGAGCACAACAACAUCAUAGCCUACUUCAAUCACUUCAUGGAUAAAAACACCUUGCUCAUAGAGUUGGAGUAUUGUAAUGGAGGAAACCUGUAUGAUAAAAUCAACCACCAGAAUGGGACACUUUUCAGUGAAGAGGUGGUCAUUUGGUACCUGUACCAAAUAGCCUCAGCUGUGUCCCACAUUCACAAGGCUGGCAUCCUACACCGGGAUAUCAAAACUCUGAACAUUUUUCUGACAAAGACUGACCUCAUUAAGCUGGGUGACUAUGGCCUCGCCAAGAAGCUAGACUCUGAGUUUUCAAUGGCAGAGACUUGUGUGGGAACUCCAUAUUACAUGUCACCUGAAUUGUGCCAGGGAUCAAAGUACAACUUCAAAUCAGACAUCUGGGCCAUGGGUUGUGUCAUUUUUGAAGUCUUGGCUCUUACAAGGACAUUCGAUGCAACGAACCCUCUGAACCUCUGUGUGAAAAUAGUCCAGGGCAACUGGACCAUGGAAGUGAACUCCGAUGUGUAUUCAUCCGCAUUGAUCAAACUGGUGUAUGAGUGCCUCGAUCAAGACCCCGUAAAGAGGCCUACAUCUGAUCAGAUUCUGGACCAGCCACUCAUCUCCUGCUGUAGACAGGAGCUUGAAGAGCGAGUUGCCCUGCUGAAUUCAGCAAUGAAAAAGCCAAAGCUGAGUACAGUGACUGACACCCCUGUUGCUGUGGUGACCACACGCUCAAGGGAGGUGUACUUCUGGGGUGGAGGGAAGUUCACCCCCCAGAAAAUGGAUACGUUUAAAGGAGGCAGCAUUGCCCAACAUGUGUGCGCAGGAGAGAGUCACUUUGCAGUGGUGACAGUGGAAAAGGAGCUGUACACCUGGGCAAAUGUCCAAGGUGGAGCCAAGAUGGUGGGCCAGCUGGGUCAGGGAGACCAGUCCUCGUACCGGCAGCCGAGGAAGGUGGAGACACUACAAGGGAAGGCCAUCCGCCAGGUGGCAUGUGGGGCGGACUUCACUGCCUGUGUCACCGAUGAGGACCAGAUGUACAUGUUUGGGUCAGACUAUUAUGGCUGCAUUGGAGUGGAGAGAGAGCUCGGCAUGGAGAUUUUGAAACCAGUGCUUUUGGAGUUCUUUGAGGAGCGGCCUGUCCGUCAGGUUUCAUGUGGAGACAACCAUGUGGUGGUCCUGACUCACAGUGGGGACAUCUACUCCUGGGGCUGCGGAGAGUAUGGGCGUCUCGGCCUGGAAUGUGAAGAUGACUUUUCUUCUCCGAUGCAAGUGGAGAUCCCUAAAGGCGCCACCAUCUCCUCAGUGUCAUGUGCAGGCGAUGGGACCUUCUUUUUGACAGAGACUGGCAAAGUCCUAGCAUGUGGAAACAAUGAGCUCAACAAGCUUGGUCUAAACCAGGGAAUCUCUGGUCUAAAAAACCGCCCUGGAGAGGGUUAUCAGGGGAUCCCGUACAUCACUACACUGACUUUGGUGAAGCAGCUGGCGAGGUUCAAGAUUAAGGUCAUAGGCCCAGGGAAGACCCACACAGCUGUCAUUGAUGAGCGUGGUCGUCUGAUCACCUUUGGUUGCAACAAGUACGGACAGCUAGGUGUGAAGGACUUUAAGAAACACCAGGGUGUCCAACUCCUUGUCGGACCCUUUGGAGGGAAGAUAGUGACCAAAGUGUCUUGUGGGGACGGCUUCACCAUUGCAGCCACUGAGGACAAUCACAUAUUCGCAUGGGGAAACGCAGGAAACGGGCGACUUGGGAUGCCAGCUGAUAAGGGAUUUGGUUCAGAGGUGUGCCCUGCCAUGCCAAGGCCUAUCUUUGGUUCCCUCCACCAUGUACCAGACCUCUCUUGCUGUGGCUGGCACACCAUUAUCAUAAUGGAGAAAGUGCUCAACUCCAAGACGAUUCGCUCUAACAGCAGUGGACUAUCAGUUGGGAGUGGACUAGGCCAGGAGGCAUCUACAUCUACCGUGGAGCUGGACAGAGAACCUGGUUCAGAGACGGGGUGUCGUGACAGGGGUCUUGGUGGUACACUGGAGGAUAAUACGGAGGAGUGCAUGAAGGCUCCGAUGAUGUCACUGACCAGUCAGACUGGGGAAAGCUCCUGCCCUUUCUGGCUUAAAAAGGAGCUUGAGAAUGCAGAGUUCAUCCCGAUUCCAGAUGACAUAUCCAUACCUGACCAGCUUUCUUCUAUCUCUGAGAGCGUCACUCUGCCUUAUGAGGAUUUGAAAGCACUAACGGCUGCGGCAGAAGCAGUCGGCACUAAGAAAGACCUAUCGACUAAACGUAUGAGCUGUGAUAAAGUCAAUGGACUGGAGGAGGCUGACGUCUGCAAAAAAGGAGCAACAGGCGCAUGCUGCAAAGCAAGUUGCGAGGUCACACAGCUGCGAGAGACGGUCGCUAAUCAAGAUUUGAGGAUCCAGAUGCUCGAGAGGCAGGUUAACGAGCAGCAAAAGGAGAAUGAAAGGCUCUGGGCAGCAAUCAAUCGUUCAGCGCAAAGGGAAGCAGGAUGUGACAAUAACGGAAACCAUCCCUCUGAUGCCCGAAUGCCCGGGGACGGAGGAGAAAGAGGAGGCGCAUUCACAAACCAUGGGGGCCGAUCUACAGGGGCCAGUGUGUGAUUUCAACCUGCAGAUGUCUUGAUUGUGGGUGAAGUGUGAAUAGCACAUAUUGAGUCAAACAAGCUGGUUAGAUGGAGAUCGGAGGCUUGGUUGGACAUGCAGUAGAGGCUGCAGCCUCGUGCCCAUUCACAGAGGUUACAUGCCGUGCACGCUGAGUUGCAUUAUUACAAUCUGUUACAUGUGUAAUACUGUGUAAUACCUGGCACACUCUCAUAUGCACACCUGUGUUCACCUGUGUGCAGUAAUCUAGCUCGUUUUUCCACAGACUGAAAUGUUGGCUGGAUUCAACAUGAAGCACCUGACAUCUGUGAGAGACAAUCACCAUAGUGAUCAUAGUGUUAUUCUGUAAUGUGAAUGUAAAGUUUUGGUGGUAUUGUUAACUUCAAGGGAUGUCACCAGUGAGGCGUCGGUCCUUAGUGCCUCAUGUAUUAAUAUUUAUCAAAUAACACAUAAGAUCAUCUAAUGCAUCCAAAUAUAAAGGUUUCUUGUCAAUUGUUGAGAGAUGGGCUGCCGGGAUGUCGUCCAGAUUCAUCUUGACUCAUGUUUUCGCCAUCUUCCAAUUUGAAACCAUAACUUUUUAUUAUAUCACUUUAUUUUUUUAUUAUUUUGAUUUCAUUCGAUAUUCUUGAACAGUGAAAGUAAUACAGUUUUUCCACAUUUAUGAGAAAUGCUAUUCUAAACAUAUUCUAAUUAUCUCGUGCAAAUAUUUACUUUUUUACAUGUGCAUGUUUUAUUAUCAUAUGAAAGUAUUUGUGUGAAACACGAAACUACUGAUUUCAUUUUUUUAACAGUUAUUUACUUAGUUACUUUUUCUACUGCCUUCUUUAACUCUUGAAUUCAUAAUGGGGAAACACGUGAAGGUCUGUGUCUUCUUUGUAACAUGAACCAUUUUCUUUUAAUGUGAAUGCAUUUAUGAUGGAGCUUACCUUGCAGCUAUAAUGUUGUAUUCCUAUUGCAUUUUUAACUAUGUUAUCUGUCGUUGGUACGUUCUGAAAAAUUCUUUGAUGUUUUGCCGUAUUUUGCAUAAUUUGUGAAAACGAGUGUGAGUGUGUGAGGCUAUUAUUAUUUUAAUGCUGUUAAAUACAGUCAGAGUGCCUUAGCAAGCUAUUGAAACCAAAAUGUGUGCAAAUCUGAAAAUGCUGUGCCUUAGGUGUUGACAGCAUCUAAAAAAUAUGGUUUACUUUUUUGUCAGCAGUUAACCAAUCGGUGUGGCGAUGUAACAGUUGUAUAAACAUUUCUCUCUGUCGCGCUGUUGCUUUUUGCUUUGUUUAAAAGUCAUUAAUAAAACCGUUGUCUUUUGUUAA